AUGUCACAGAAGCGUAAGCGCGUCGAAGUCGAUCUGACUGGCGAUAGCGACCAGGAAGAAGCCGCACCCCCCCAGAGAGCAUAUCGCAGCAGUAACAUUCCUUUCGGUGGCUAUCGCAGCAUAGGCGGUGGCUCUACGCAUCCUGCUGCCGAACGCUCAGACUGGCUUGCUGCUGAUGAUGUCGAUGAUAUGAACGAGAUCGUUGGUUCUACUCAAGAUGGUGCACAUGGGAGUGAGGAGUUGCGUUUGUAUGGAGAGCUGGCCAGCAAGAUUGUUGGCAUUCAGUAUUACCGCGGAGUGGCCAAUGCCGGAGAACACAUCCUAAUUCGCCGUGAGCCGGGAAACCCUUACGACUCCAAUGCCAUCCGGAUAGACAACGUUGCUGGUAUCCAGAUCGGACACAUCCCGCGCAAGGUUGCUGAGAAGCUGGCCAGGUACAUUGACAAUCGAUGGCUCCGUAUCGAAGGCCAGCUAGCUGGUGAAAAGGGUGCAUUUGAUUGCCCUGUCACGUUGAACCUCUUUGGACCAAACCCAGACACCCACGAAGGCCAGCAACUCAGGGAGCGGAUGAGAAAUGACAAACUUCCAAUUACUGCGCUCACUGCCGCUGAAAAGGAAGCGAAGAAACGUGAGAAGGAACGUCAGGACGCUGCGAAGAAGCGUGCUGCUGAAGAAAAGAAGCGUCUCGCAGAAGCUCGCCGGGCUGCCGCCGGCGGUAAGGGAGGAUCGAUUCCAGCUUCUCAAGGCCAAUAUGCCAAUCAGCACACCCCGGACGGGAACGGCGAAGCUGUCAUGGCUGAUAUCCUAGAGGCGUCUCAGCGCAUCUCGCCUCGCGACUUCAGAGUAGACUUGGAGCAGAUGGGGAUGAAUGAAGACGAUCUUGCCAGUAUGCCCAUGGCCAGCAAACCAAAUUCAAUAAAAACAGACAUGCUCCCGUACCAGCUUCAGGCUCUGAGCUGGCUUCUAUCCCAAGAAAGCCCCCAACUUCCAGGCCUAGGUGGUCCGAGUGAUUCUGUCCAGUUGUGGACAAAGUCGCGAGAUGGUUAUACAAACCUCGCCUCCAACUACUCCACUAGGGAGCCUGUGCUUGCCUCUGGUGGUAUACUUGCCGACGAUAUGGGCCUGGGUAAAACACUUGAGAUGAUAUCACUGAUUGUCGCUGACGCCGAGAAAUUCGGACGUGGCACAACGCUGAUUGUAGCACCGGUCAGCGUCAUGUCAAAUUGGACGACGCAAGUGGAGGCCCAUGUCAACGAGAACAGCAUGCUGAAGGUCUUUACCUACCACGGAGCCAACAAAGCGAGCAACAUGGGGGCUGACGACUUCAAAAAAUACGACAUUGUAUUAACCAGCUACCAGACUCUUGCUAGCAUUUACAUGCCCGGAGGGAAGAACGCAAAGCAGCCUGAGCGUAAACUGCGCGCGACAGGCCUCUACAGUAUGAACUGGAGACGUUUGAUCUUAGACGAGGGCCAUUGCGUCCGCAACCCUCAGACGAAGGGCGCUGCAGCAGUCUACGCACUCAGGUCUCGCUCGCGAUGGGUGCUGACAGGCACCCCAAUUGUGAAUUCCUUGCGGGAUUUGUACUCGCUUCUGAAGUUCGUCGGCAUCACGGGCGGACUGAAUCAAUUGGAAGUCUUCAACUCUGUUCUUGUGCGACCUUUGACCAACGGCAGCGAAAGCGCCCGUCUGCUCUUACAAGCAACCAUGCGAGCCUUCACUCUGCGGAGGCGGAAGGAUAUGGCGUUUGUAGACCUUCGACUGCCGAAACUGGAAGAAUUCGUGCAUCGCAUCGAUUUCACGGAGAACGAGCAGAAGCGAUACGAGGCAUUGAAUGUUGAGGCUCAAGGACUUCUCAAGGACUACAAGCAUCUGUCGGAUGGUGGCAACAAGACCCUUGGAACCUACAAUCACGUCCUGGAGAUUCUCUUGCGUAUGAGACAGUGCUGCAACCAUUGGGGACUUUGCAAGGACCGCGUCAGUAAGCUAUUGGCGCAACUCGGCGAUCAGAAGACAGUCGCCUUGACGGACUCCAAUGUCAAAGCGUUGCAGACCAUCCUGCAAGUUCAGAUCGAAAGCAGUGAGGAGUGCGCGGUCUGUCUCGAAGUACUGCACCAGCCUGUGAUAACUGCUUGUGGUCAUGCUUUCGGUAGAGCAUGCAUCGAGCGUGUCAUUGAAGGUCAACAGAAAUGCCCCAUGUGCCGAGCUCCGCUGAAGGAUGUUCAAACGUGUCUUGUUGAAGCUGCGAACGAAGGCGGUGACGAGGGUGCUGACGACGAAGUGGACUUGAAUCAGUCCAGUAGCAAGCUUGAGGGUCUGAUGAAGAUCCUGGGUGCCAGUAAGGGAGACAGCAAGACCAUCGUUUUCUCGCAGUGGACCAGCUUUCUGGACAUCGUCGGRACGAGACUUGAGAGCAGUGGCUUCAAGUUCUGUCGCUUGGAUGGCACGAUGACCGCAACAAAGCGCGACGAAGCGAUUGCCGCUUUGAACAGCGACCCGGAGACCACGAUCAUGCUUGCCUCUCUAGGUGCUUGUUCUGUGGGACUGAACCUUACCGCCGCGAAUAACGUGAUCCUUUGCGAUACUUGGUGGGCACCGGCCAUUGAGGACCAGGCCGUGGACCGAGUUCACCGUCUCGGUCAGAAGAAGGAAACAAAAGUGUUCAGACUAGUCAUGAACGGUUCGAUUGAGGAGAGAACGCUCGACAUCCAGGCUGACAAGCGCAAACUCAUGAUGAUGGCUUUCUCGGAGAAGGCCAACAAGAGAUCUGCGCCCAAGGCUGGAAGGAUCGCGGACAUCCAGCGAUUGCUUGCGUGA